UGAAAGGCUUGAGAGUCGAGUGAGAGAGUAGGAGAGAAGAAGAUGAAGAAACCAAUUCCUAAAAUUAGGGUUUUUGGUCAACGAUCGAUUGCUUCUUCCUUCCUUAAUCGCAGUUCGAUUCCUGUCGAUGUCGAAGCCUCUUCGGGUUCGAAGAAUCUAAGCAAACCAGUGCUUGUUAAACCCAAGAACACUGAGCAGGAAGGAAGAAGACCUUUCACCUCUCUUGUUAGCUCUAAAGAUUUGACUCAACUCUCUCACGGGCUUGGGAUGGAGAGAAAAGUGAGGGAAGAAAAGAAAGAUGGCGAUGGUGGUCUUGAAAAGAUGAUGCUUCAGCAGUUUAAGCCAAGAGAGAUCCAGAUAAGGGAAGAAGUGAGUAGGGAUAUAACUGGUGAGGCGAGUCUUGAGCAGGUGGAUCACAUAGCUGCUGAAGAGAUAGAUAAUCUGGCUUCGCACUCCAAUGAAGACAAUGAAGAUAUCAUUAUUGUAAAGGAUGAUCAAACAUCAAAGAAAAGAAAAGAUCCUUUUGAAGGUAUGGAGAGCAUUAGUAGAACAGGAAAGUCCGUUAUAGUCUUUGGAGACAACUCGAAUGUAUCUAAUCCUAUGCAAAGGGAAAGUCAAAGAGGAAGGAACAACAAUAGUAAAAAGCAGCGACCGGCUUACAACCAUUAUGCAAAUGGUUCAGGAUGGUGGGACUGUGACAUGGAAGGAGUUGAUUCGGAAGAAGUCGGACAUAGUGAAGUGUGGGAAGGAGUUGGCUCAACAACAUUUGGAGAUAUAGUUGAUUGGCACUAACCAAGUCACAACCUAGCCGGCCAGUCAUGUUUUUAUAUCUCACACUUUUCCUAAUUACUAUGGUUUGUCUGAGAAACUAAUUCGGUUUGUGUAAACAAAUAUGUAUAGUAGUUGUUAUGGUAAGCGUUAAUCACCUGUAGACUCUUUAUACUACUCUAGGAUAUCUCCAAGUUACUAAAUAUUUUUAUCUUUCUUUCGGAUA